AUGGCUGACGAAAAGAAGGACAACUGGUCUACAGAGGAGUACCAGCACUCAGCCGCCUUCGUGCCCAAGCUCGCGACCAAGGUAGUGCAAUGGCUCGACGUUCAAAAGGACGACGUCAUUCUCGACAUUGGCUGCGGUGACGGCGUGCUCAACAUUGAGUUCGCCAAGGUCCUCUCGCAGGGGCAAGGCGCCGUGCACGGCAUCGACGCCUCGCCAUCCAUGAUCUCGGCCGCUGCCAGAGCUGCCGAGGCGGCGCCGGGCGGAGACAGGUGCACGUUCGAGGUCGUCGACGCCAACAAGAUGAACCUCGACAGGAGCCGGUUCCCCUUCAGGUACACCAAGGCCUUCUCCAAUGCGGCGAUGCACUGGAUCCUCAAGCCGGACACGGCGAGCACAUUCUUUGCGCGCGUGCGAGACGUGCUGCCCUCAGGCGCGACGUUUGCUUUCGAGAUGGGCGGUCUCGGCAACGUGUCCGAGAUGAGGACGGCGCUUGUGCUCGCCGCCGGACGGGUCAUUGGCCUCGACAAGGCAAAGGCGGCCGAUCCGUGGUUCUUCCCUGACGAGAAGUGGCUGACGAGGACGAUGGAGGAGGAAGCGGGGGGGUGGAAGAUUGAAAAGGUGGAGAGAGAAUGGCGACCGACGACGGCAGGCGAGGGCGGCGUCGAGGGCUGGGUGCGGUUGAUGGGCAAGGCCUUUUUUGGAUGCCGUCGAGGAGGAGAAGGGGGCUGA